CUCAUGGACGGAAAGGGCCAGGACCAACAAGACAGAGGAACGUUCCCUGUUCUGUUCACCUCCGCCGUUCGCCCCAACAAGAGUCCGGCACAAACCCCAUGCGCCAACAACGCAUAGUCAUCCUAGGCGCUGGUAUCUCCGGCCUCUCCGCCGCCUGGUACCUUGCACGGUACGCCGGCGCCGCCGCUGCGACGCGAGCACUACCCCCGCUCAAGAUCACCGUCGUGGAGAAACAGCCGCGGGUGGGUGGAUGGGUGCAGACUUUGCGAAACAACGGCGACGACGGUGAUGUGUUUGAGCUGGGACCGCGGACGCUCAGACCGGUCGGAGUACCGGGGGCGACUACGUUGGAGAUGGUCCACAAGCUAAACCUCCAACCCCACCUCCUAACAACCUCCAAAACCUCCCCCGCCGCCCUCAACCGCUACAUCUACGCUCAAAACUCCCUCCACCACCUCCCGACCUCCCCACUCGACCUCCUCCUCCCCUGGCGCUCCCAAUCCCACUCCCCGCUGCUAAAAGGUAUCCUCCCCAGCAUCCUCCGCGAGCCCUUCGUCAAACCCCGCCCCCCACCACCGGAUCCGGAGACGGGGUACGCGGAUGAAUCGGUACAUUCGUUUGUGUCCAGACGGUUUGGCGUGCGGGUUGCGGAUAAUCUUGUGAGCGCCGUGUUGCAUGGGAUAUAUGCGGGGGAUGCGAGGCGGUUGAGUGUGCGGAGUGUUAUGCCGGUGCUGUGGGAUGCGGAGAGUAGGUCUGGGAGUGUUAUUCGGGGGCUUGUUGCGCCGGCUCCGCCAAAAGCAUCAGUGAAGACACCAUUUGCGAUUGGCGAUGGAGAGGAAUCCGCGGAGGAGUUCAUCGCCGAUGUGCAAAAGAACGCGAGCAUUUAUUCCUUCAAGGGUGGCGUGCAGACCCUCACCGACGCGCUCAAAACCGACUUGUUGAGUCGCAACUCCACCGACGUGCAGGUCGAGAUCCUACAGGGCACCGUCGACCGGUUAGAUCUCCCCCCAAACCCAGACUCCCCCGCCAACGUCCACCUCACAUCCAGCCCCACCCCCCUCCGCGCCGACCACAUCAUCUCCUCUCUCGCCGCCUGGGACCUCCAACGCCUCCUCCCCCCCACAUCCCCUCUCAUCCCCCUUCUCGACACCAUCAAAGGCGUGACGGUGGGUACAGUCAACUACCUCCUCCGCGGCGCACCUACGACCGUCCUACCCGUCAACGGGUUCGGAUACCUCGUCCCGAUCACGGAACGCACGCCGAUCUUGGGCACCGUGUUUGAUUCAUGUGCGAUGCCGGUCCAGGAUGUGCGCGGGGACACGACCAGGGUGACCGUGAUGCUGGGCGGGCAUAAAUUCUCCGAGUUCUUUGGUGCCGUCGAUAAGAAACUCUCCCCGGAGACGGUUCGGGCAAUCGAACACGCAUCCGAGGUCGCGAUCCAUUCCCAUCUACAGAUCCCGCGGCUCAACACACAGGGCGAACCGGUGGUGUUGAACCGAUACACGGCGGUGCAUAGGGACUGUAUACCGCAGUAUACGGUGGGGCAUCGGGAGCGGUUGGGGAGGAUGCACGGGGUGCUAGUGGGGGGCAGGAUGUCAGUUUGUGGGGCGAGUUAUGGGGGCGUCGGGGUGAAUGAUUGUGUGGUUGGCGCGAGGGAUUUGGUUAGGGGGUUGGUUGAGCGGGGGUUGCAAGGGGCGGGGAAAAAUGUGUCGGGGUUGGAGAAGUUCGCUGAAGAAUGAGGGGUGGGCAUGGCGGGAUUCAGCCCUGCCACACUCGAUAUCCUACGCCCCACUAGAUCAGCGCACCAUCCUGCGAUUCGCUGUAUUCAUAUAGCCAUACAGUAGCUCAUAGCCCAUAGACCACGGCGCAUAUAGCAAUCUGCCAAUGAACACACUCUCGAGCAUUAGACUGCAUAUAGUAACUUUAAUGUGUCAUUGAGUACAUAUGAUUCAAAAAUGAGAA